UGCACUGAAAAUAUUUUGAACUGCUAGAUUUCGUACAACUUUUGAUGAGCUCCCUAGUAGUAUAUUUCGAAAUUAAUGUUGAAAAAAUUUUCCUGAUUUUUCAUCUGUACUAUCAUAUUCAGAGAUUUUUUACUUUUUUUGAAAUAGCUUUUAUUGUAAAUAUUAUUUUUCUGUAUUGAUAAUCAUGCAAAUGGAUGCAGCUUGUUUUAAUCACUCUAGUGAUAUACGCAUCAUAUAAUUUUGAUAUCGAAAAUAAUAUAAAUCGAGAAAUUUUUACUGGUGAAAAAAGAAAAAAUUUAUCUCUUAUUUCUGAUUUAUAAAUCAAUAAAUAUAAAACAAAAUUAGAAGGGUGCCUGAAUAGUUUUUGGUUUGACUGUAUAUACAACAUUUUUGAAUCUAUUCUGGAGUUUUAAUAAUCUGAGAACAUCAUUCAAUCCUCUAAAUGGGACACAUACAGACAUUAAAUUUCCUGAUUCAACUGAUGUAAAUAGUACAGCAUAUAAUUUGAAAUCAGUAGCUGAAGAAUGUGAAAAAACCUCAUUUUGUUUUUUCCCAAAUUAUUUACUAAUCUUUUUAUCUCAUUAUCAAGGGAUACGAUUAACAUUUACAUGUCAAAAGAAAAUCAUAGCAAAUAUCAUGCCUGUUUCGUAUGCAUAAGGAUGAAUAUACGAUACUAUACAAAAGAUUGAUGAAUUCAUUUUCGAUAAUAUUACUUUCAAUGAAUUUCAUUCGUUUGUUAUUUUACAAAAUUGUCAUCAUUUAAAUAGAAACAGAUAAAAAUUAAAAUGAUAUCUAAUCAGACAAUGGUAAUGAUGAUUAUUUUACAUCUUUAAUACACUCACUACUAAUCAACGAAAACAACAAUCAUAGAAGUUACUGCAUUAAUAUUAUUGUCACGUUAAUAUCGCUAGCAUUAAACCUAUAUUUACUAAAAUAAUCGUAUUGCUGCUUGUGAGCAUUUUUUGAAUAUUGAAGACGCACAAGUAACAACAGGAUGAAAGUAUAUCUGAAGAUGAUGGAGAAACAAUUGAAGGAUUUACUCUGGAAUUCCAACAAUUAGUUCAAGUAAAUAAUGAAAUCAAUAACUUAUGUUUUAAAAGUCCUUGUAUAACACGUUUGGUCAAUUUUCGUUGAACUAGUUCUAUGUCAUUAGAGACAAUUUUAAAUGAUCAAAUAGAAUAAGGAUUUCAUGCUCUUUGUAAUUAAUUCUUCCAUAUUUUUUCCGAAGUCAGUACUCUUGUUCCUUCCAUCAAAACUGGCUUUGAUUACUCUCAUUCAAAUAGUAUGAAAUUUGCAGGAUAUAUUAGAGAUAUAGUGGUUAAAAUUCUUAUGUCUAUACUAAGAUGUGUUCUGCAAAUGUUUCAAAAAUAAAAGGAAAAAAAUAAAUGUUUUGCAACUUAAAAUUUUCUCUGCAUUUUUAUUUCAUAUAUUUUAUAACUUGAAAUAACCGAUAAUGUUACACUGUCUGUCAGAGGUCUUUUUAUACACAGAAGAAGAAAGAUGAAUGAAAUAUCUCGGAAAAGUUUCUGAAAAAUAUUUGUCUAUUUAAAUAAGUGCCUUUUUUUCUGUAAAAAUAAGAACAAAAAGAAGUUUGACAUCCUCUUAUCAGAAAAUGAUAAGAAUCAUCAAAGAUUUUUCCAAAAAAAUAAGAUAGCGAAUAAAAAAAACAUACUAGCUGUAAAUCUGAGACCUUGUACUCUUUUCUAUUGUAUUUAUUCUAAUUUUGAUUUUUCUGAUUUAUAGCAAACAUUUGAUAGAGCCAAAAACGAAUAUCUAUAACAAAAAGUUUUCAUAUAGGUUUAGUUUUGUUUUCUCAUCUUUUCAUUUAUAUAGAGCGUGCCUUCUAAUUCAAAAUAUCUGAAUGGCUUUUCUUUCCUAUUUAUAUUCCAUACAUAAUUGAAAUUUAUUCUAUUUCAAAUAAUGGGUUUUUCAUUUAUCGUCUAGCGUGAGGAAAGUCAAAACUGUCUAACUAUCUGAUCGAGAAAAGUUAUGAAUGGCAGAAGAAAAAAAAGUAUAUUUUGCUCAAUGUAAAUAAUAUUUUUUACUUUCAAUUCUAUACGAUUUUUUGAACUCGUCGAAAGUUAGUUCAACAUAUUAUAGUAAGACUUUUUAAAAAGUAAUUUAAAACAAAAUCUAAGUCGUUGUUUUAAUUAGACAGUGGGAAAAGAUGAUGAAAACUCUAACGAUGAAAAAAUUCUUAAAGAACAACAAUCAGAUACUAUUUCAACAUCUGCAACUGAUAAAAAAAAUAUCGAUAUUUUAUUGGAAAAAAUUAUUCAAAUGUAUCUCCAAAAGAUUUCACAGAAGGUCUUUAUUUUUUUUUCAUGUGUUUUGUUCAUUUAUGUUACUUCUACUAAUGUAAAUUAUGCUGUAAAUAGUGUUAUACGAACAUUAGUGCCACGUAUGUCAUGGUAUAAUAAAGCAUUAGUUGUAUUUGGUCAAACUGCUCGAGAUGUUGCACGACAUUUUAUUCAACGAUGAAGUAUUCAUAACCGAAGACUAUCGAAUCAAAUAUAAUUAGUUAAAUCUAUAGCUUGAUUGAGCAGCUGUUAGACCAAUCUCUGCAGGAUUAAAAUGUGAAACAUGAUGUAGCUGUUGUUACCAAUCAUUUGCAUACUGUUUUCUUCGAUAUACUGUGAUAUAUAAUCGCUGAUCUUGUAUCGGAUGCUCUGUUAGGAAAAGGGUCGUGUUCGAAUUUCUACCUUAUGUACUUCAAAACUAUGUUCAGAUGAUGUUUCACAAAACAGAUACCAAUAGAUGAAGAUUUCAUGAUGACCGAAGAGUUCGUUGCAGAACAACGCCCUCCGAACAUAUCAUCACAAGGCCAAAAAGUUGUAACAUUUUUUCGGAUAUGGGUAUUGGUAUACGGAAGACGGUUAUAGUUUGUUUGAUUCAUACUCAAGUUCCCUUGUUCUCGAUCCAAAUCCAUAUAGUGACACUUACAGUAACACAUUUAGCAACUUGAACAUUUCAUUUAAUCCUUCGACCAAGCUUGACAACUUCGAAACACAUCUGAGUAUAAUCUCCAAAAUUUCUGAGUGCACUAACGGUGGUUUAGGAUGGAAUGUCGAUGAGGCUACAAAUGAAAUGAGCAUCAAAAACUGACAUAAACAACCACUUACACUCUUGUUAUCUUUUGGCAACUAUUUGACCUCAUAACCAAUUCAGACAGUAAUCAAUUGCUUUCGUAAGAAACUAAUUGAUUGUUCGGUUAUGAAUUGAUUCGCUGAAAAUAGAAUUUAUCAGAAAAGCGAGAAAAUACUUUUCAAAUUUUAAUUGUGAAUUAUUUUUUCUUAAGCUUGAAACAUAUCUGAAAAAUGAUUUUUAUCCAUUUCUGUUACCUAAAUCUUAUGAUGAUGUUCAAGACUUAGCUGUUGAAAAUUGGAGGGAUUUUCUUAAAAGUGAGCCAUUUCGUGUAAAUGUUCAAUAUGCUCACUCAGUUGGAUCAUGGUCAGCGGGAACAAAAUCAGAGAAAUCAUCGAUUCAUAAUGGUUAUAUACAAAUGAUUGAUAUUGCUAAACAUUUUAUAUACAUUGAAAAUCAGUUAUUUAUUACUAUUGUUCAAGAUUCAGUAGUUCAAAACCAAUUAGCUGAUGUUCUUCUUCGACGUAUUAUAGAACGAGCACAUAAAAAUGCUAAAAAAUUUUGUGUUUGCGUUGUUCUUCCUCUGUUACCUGAUUUUGAUAACAUGAAUACUGUACAAGCUGUACUCUAUUUUAUUAUGAUAAAUCAUUAUUCAAAAGACUUGAAAAUGCAGGCAAAUUAA